AUGCUUUCGUCAAUAAGUAAUGGAAUAAUAUGGGCUGCAUGUAGUAGCAAUAAGGCAGUAAUAGGACAUCCGGAAUUCUGCUUACUACUUCCGUCGAUCUAUAGCUUACAGCAGUACCGAGGACGUAAACGUAAUCUGAAACGUGCGCUUACUAAACAGGAGCGCCAGGAAAGACGAUUGAAACGAGAAGCAAAAGAAGCGGAGCGGAAAAAAUACACUUUCAUGCAGAGGAUCCAAAUCUCAAGAAUGAAACACAUGACCUCCAUUUCGGAACAGUUUCCUGGUCGGUUGAAUCCAGCGAAGGAAGCACAUUUACCAGAUAAGCCAACCACAAAUAUUUUUAUCCGAAGUGCUUACAAAACUCAGUAUUACUCAGUUUCAGAAGCACUUCAAAUGCAUAGGGAAAUGCAGCAACCAUCCAUUUACAAUAAUCCGAACGCACGUAUUCGUUUACGUAUGGAACUUAAUAUGACGACGGAAAGAAAGACUAAAAUGGUUGCCGAUUCCGAAGAGUUAGUACCAAUUCCUUAUCCAUUUAAACAUAACGAGAAGCGAACAAUAUUGGCAUUUGCAUAUGAACAACAUAAUCGGGAUGCCGCCGUCGAAGCCGGUGCUGAAAUUGCACUCGGCCCAGAUAUGAUUAAAAAGAUUAUCAAAGGAAUGUUUCGCAUUGAUGAUUAUGACUUCUGUGUUGCACAUACUGAUAUGGCUUCCAGUAUUCUUCCCUUACGAGGAAUUUUAAGAUCACGUUUUCCAAAUAAAAUCAAUGGUGGUCUUGGUGAUGACUUCCAAGAAAUCAUCGGUAAAUUUAAGAAUGGUAUAAAAUUAUCAAUUCGAGGUGAUCCGAUCAUGCCGGUUUGGGGUCUCUGUGAUACCGUAAUAGGACGAUUAGCAAUGAACGAUGAUGAAUUAAAGGCAAAUAUUGCAGCUGUUAUUGAAGCUUUAUGUAAACAUCGAAAUCCUGCUUUAGGACCAUUCAUCAAUCGCGCAUUAAUUAUGGUAAUACCUGGUGAUGCUCACUUUGCUCUCGAUGUUAAUCCAUUUUUGCCAAUCCCAACAGAACAAGAAAUUGAAAAAAUUGGAAAACGAAUGAAGAAAAAGAAGAAAGGACUAGAAUCUGCGAAGAGCGACAAUUCUGAAGCCUUGUCAUCUAGUGCUGAGGCUCAGUGA